AGUUAAUGUCAUAUCCUCUAAAGGGAUGGAAACACAACCUGUAUGUGUGUGAGAGAGAAAGAAUUAGUGUCUUCACCAUCGCUUCCUGGCAGCUGAUACAAAAGUGAAAGGUGAGUAGGUGUUAUUCAAAAUAAUCUAUAUGAUAUGUGACAAGUCUACAGGUUCCUAUGGGGGUAUCGUUUUCUGUUGGUGCCUCAGGAGAGUAUUACUGGGCUCUGAGUCAACCUUUCUCCUCCUCAUGCUCUCUGUGACUGUGACGAGAGGCGGAGCUGAGGUGGACGAGGAUUGUUCAUGCAAAAAUGUUUUGUUUUGAUCAAACGCCUUCAAGGUUUAGUCAGAUGAGGACUUAGAGAAACAGGCGGGCAGGUUGGAGCAGCAGAGAGUCAGUGCGCUCAGAGGAUCUACUAUUUGUUUUACAAGUUUUCGCUCUUCCCAGCAUUAACCAGCUACAUGGACCAGCGGGGAAAACUGCAGCUUCGUGAUGUCACACGAUAUUUUUGUGACUGUUUCCUAUUUUAAAUGUGUUUUCAAUGUUUAAACGAGGUUUCGGCACCGCGCUGGCACUUCUGGCCGUCGUGGUGUCCCCACUGCUGCUGGAAUGCUCCACAGGAUGUCAGAUGAAGGAAGUUGAUGGAGGAAAUAAAAAUGAUCAUGUUGGGGCAGACUGCCCUGUGAGACUGACCUCAGUCCUGCCUCAGAAGUCUAGGGACAGUUACUCUGAAUUUGUCACUGUCCAUGUCUGGAUGAAGACUGAUGACUUCUGCAAGGCCCCAAAGAUUGAAAUUGUUGUCUGGACCCCUCCCUACACAGAAAAAGAGAUAAUUAGGCCUGUGAGAACAAGGAAAAGACUAAAAAAGUGUGACAAUGAAAUACAACCGGGUGAAACAGAAGUCAGGUGUGUCAGCCGUGUCACGCAACCACGAAGCGAUACCAGAUUUGCUCUGUGGGAGCUGGUACAUAAUUGUGUCAAGGCUGAAGCAGAUGGUGUUGUUUCCGUGUCCUACAGCACAACAUCAACAAACUGCAGUGUCAAUUACACAGUACCAGAUCCCGUACCAGACUUUGAUCUGUCUGUGAACCAGUCGUCUAAAUCCAUCUCUGUCACCGUGGAGCCUGGAGACAAAGUUCACGCCAGAUGGUGUUACCAAAAAGAUGCAGGGCACUGCAGUUCAGACUCCAAACUAAUAACUAUUGAUCCAUCUCAGUCUCGAUCCGCUCUCCUUAACAUCCCCUACCUGCUGCCCUGUGUGUGUGUGGAGGUAUUUUACACCCGCACAGACUCCAAGCGACAAAAGAAGUGCCCUUUUCAAAAUGACAGCCUCACAGAUGUCGGAGAUGUUUGGCUGUCCUCUGAAGUCACGCCGUUCGAGUCAAGUUUGAUGUGGCGCUCCAAGUGCGACCUGAAGGUCUCUGCCUCCCUCUGCUGGAGGCAACACGAACACCUCUGCACACCUGUACUCAACUCCACACUGGAGGAGGAGAACGACGAUGAAACAAGCCUGGUAUAUAACACAUCUGCAGUGGACAAACACCCUCAGAUGUGUGUGCAGUUUUCUCGACAAGGCAGUCAUCACAUCCAUUGCCCCUUCCAGGCUGAUAUGUCUUCAUGGGAGGUGUAUAUUGAACCAGGCAGGCAGAGUGUGUCUUUGUAUCUCACUUCUUUCGUUCCUGCAAAGUUCUCGGCUCAACUCUGUGUCCUUAAUAAGAGAGGAUGUACACCCAUGGGCCAGGUCCACUCAGUGACAAUGGAAGAGAAUACUGCUGAGACGAGGAUAAAUGUGCCUCUUCAUUUUCAUGCUGGGAAGCCGUGUGUGCAGGUGUGGCAGUCGGAUCCUGCUCUUCGUGGUAGAAGAAUUCUGUGUCCGGACUACACGCACAACAGAUGUGGCAUGUAUGCUGUGGCAGCUUUGAUAUUAGUGGCUAUUGUUGCAUCGCUGGGAAUUCUCAUUCACCGUCUCACCAAGAGUGGAGCUGCAGGUUGGCUCUGUAUCCAGGAGCCAGUCUUGCUGGUGUGCUCAUCAGAGCAGUCAGCCCACGUCUCUGCCGUGUGUGCAUUAGCCUCAAUCCUACAGGGGGAACUAAGUGCCAAAGUGCACAUGGCAUUGUGGGCCCAAAGCUCACAAAAGCAGGCUGGGACCGGGACCGGGACCGGAGUGGCAGAUCUGGGUCCACUCCCCUGGCUGUACGGGCAGUGGGAAGCCGUGCGUAAGGCACAAGGAAAAGUGUUGAUUAUUUGGAGCCCUGGAGCCACAAAUACCUAUGAGAAGUGGAAGGAGGAGAGGGCAAAGAUUGAUGAGAAUGAGAGAAAAAUGGACGAUUACAGCAAAGCAGAGGUGAGACAUGAGAAAAUAAGAGUAGAGAUUGAAGAGGUUUUGAAACCAAAUGGAAGAAAACACAAAAAAGAGAAAGCUGCAGGAAAAAAAGGUGUAAAAUUAUGUGAUGAUAAAGACUGGUACACCCAGAGGGAGCCCUCUACAGUGAUCGCACCAGUGUUUACGGCUGCUCUGGCCUGCCUAGAGGGGGCGCUGCAGGAGGACAAAGGUCAAGGAGUGGCCCUUGUCUACUUCCAGGGUCUUUGCCACAGCAGGGACAUCCCAAAGGCCUUCAGAGGUGUCCCUCGGUACUGCUUACCGCAGGAUUUCCGGGGUUUGAUACAGGAGCUGGGAGGGAUGAGAAGACAGACAAAAACUGGUAAAUUCAGGUGGCACUGCUGGCCCAGGCUCCUGUCUAAAGUGCUGUCAAUAUGGCUAGCACGGCAGCUAGCCCAAAGACUACAGAAACUGCUGCCUCAGACGAAAGGAAAGAAAAUGCAAGAGCUGAGCGUCACACCUUCAGCAAACAUGAUGUCUGAUAAAAGCAGGUUCAAGUUGCCACUGGCAGCCAACAUGGCCAGGCUAGGAACUGUACAAGAGCAUGAGCCUCUCCACUAGUCGCCAUGGUGAGCAGUGAAACUUGAAUCUCAAGUUUCACCUGUCUGAUGGGGACAGACUUUUGUUCUGCUGGAAACAUGAUACAUGAGAUACGGGAGCCGGUGUUCCAUUGUGAGCGCCUCAGAGCCAAACGCUCUGUAAGAACUUUUCAUUACUUGACAACCCAUCAUGUGAAAAACGGCACCACUUGUUUUGCAUAUUAAGAAUAGGUAAAUACUCUGUCCUGUCCGCAUUUAGCCUCUAAAAGAGGCUCUUUAUGUUGCUUUCGUGUAUGAGCCAUAGUGAACACCUGUCUUAUCUACUGUAUGCAAAUAUGCUAACCACUAUGAAAAUCUGUUUGCAAAUUAUACCUCACUCUUCAUGAUGCAUUUAAUGUUUGAAAAUAUUGCAACAGCAGAGGUGACCAGCUUUAUGACUGCAGAAUACAGGAACAAGCACAUUUACUUAGGAUUUUCUAAACAGGGACGUUGAGCCAGACCUGUCCCAGGAUCGCCAGUGUUAGAGUGCAACAGGUGGAAAGAUGAAGUGACUUGUAUUGAAGUGUGCUCGACCAUUUGGCAGUUAAUUCAUGUGGUCAUGUACUACUACUGUUGCCUUUAGUAUGGGAAACUUAUUAUUUAAGAAGACGUAUUCUGCUUAUUUUCAGGUGCAUACUUGUAUUUUGGGUUUCUACUACAUGUUCACAUGAUUUAAUGUUAAAAAAACUGUUUACUUUUCUCAUACCGGCUGUGCUGCAGCACCUUUUAUCACCCUCUG